AUGGUUAAGAAGAUUAAUAAUCCUCUGAAAAUUGAUUAUCGCAAUGGAAUAAUAGAAGAUCGACUAUUACAAGUCAGAAAUUUCAAAAAUGUAAAUACACCCAGACUAAUCAAUGUGUGGGGCAUAGAAAUAGAGCCAAGAGAAUCAAAGAAAGUGAUCGAGCUAAUUCGAAGCGACUUUCAGAAAAACGACCCUAUCUCAUUGAGGCAUUUAAAAAGGAUCCGCAAAAACGUUCAAACUUCGACGCUGGAAGUGGUGUUGUGUUCCAGAGAAUACAUUUCUGACAAGGAUGACAUGGACAAGAAAUUGAAGAGCUUCUGGGGUGGAGCAAAAGAGUAUCGGCUGAGGGACGAUAUCAAAGUACCGGAAUUUGCACCCAGUACAAAAGAACUAAAUAAUGCGUGGUCUAUUGAAUACUGGCCGUUGAUCUGGAAUGGAAACCCCAACGACCAAAUUUUGAACGACUAUAAAAUAAAUAUAGAAGAAGUACGAAAUGAACUAUCGCGAGUAUCGGCGCUAUCAAUGAAGAUGACUGCGGCAGGAAAGCUGUUUCCAAUCGCGAGCGUUUUUGUUGACUCAUCAAGAAGAAGGAAGAGAGUAGUGGUGGAAGAUGGCAGAAAUUGCGAAAACUCACUGCCCAUCGACCACAGUGUAAUGGUGGGUAUUCGUACAGUAGGAGAGAGACUUAGGGAUGACGAAGACGAAGACUCAAGCGCGUACUUAUGCCUUGACUAUGACGUUUACUUAACUCACGAACCGUGCUCAAUGUGCUCUAUGGCCCUGAUCCAUUCUCGCGUGAGACGUGUAGUCUUCCUGGCAGAGAUGCAGCGCACAGGUAGCUUAAAAAUAACUAGCGGCGACGGAUACUGCAUGAACGAUAGCAAACAGCUGAACUCAACGUACCAAGCCUUUCAAUGGAUCGGCAAGGAAUACCCUGUGGGCCCGGUUGAUCAGGAUGUAUGCUGCUAG